AUGAACGCGCAGCUGACCAUGGAGGCGAUCGGGGAGCUGCACGGGGUGAGCCAUGAACCGGUGCCUGCCCCUGCCGAUUUGCUGGGCGGUAGCCCCCACGCGCGAAGCUCCGUGGCGCACCGCGGCAGCCACCUGCCCCCCGCGCACCCGCGCUCGAUGGGCAUGGCGUCCUUGCUGGACGGCGGCAGCGGCAGCGGCGAUUACCACCACCACCACCGGGCCCCCGAACACAGCCUGGCCGGCCCCCUGCACCCCACCAUGACCAUGGCCUGCGAGACUCCCCCAGGUAUGAGCAUGCCCACCACCUACACCACCUUAACCCCUCUGCAGCCGCUGCCGCCCAUCUCCACCGUCUCAGACAAGUUCCCCCACCAUCACCACCACCACCACCACCACCACCACCACCCGCACCACCACCAGCGCCUGGCAGGCAACGUGAGCGGUAGCUUCACGCUCAUGCGGGACGAGCGCGGGCUGGCCUCCAUGAAUAACCUCUAUACCCCCUAUCACAAGGACGUGGCCGGCAUGGGCCAGAGCCUCUCUCCCCUCUCCGGCUCCGGUCUGGGCGGCAUCCACAACUCCCAGCAAGGGCUCCCCCACUAUGCCCACCCGGGCGCCGCCAUGCCCACCGACAAGAUGCUCACCCCCAAUGGCUUCGAAGCCCACCACCCGGCCAUGCUCGGCCGUCACGGGGAGCAGCACCUCACGCCCACCUCGGCCGGCAUGGUUCCCAUCAACGGCCUUCCUCCACACCACCCACACGCCCACCUGAACGCCCAGGGCCAUGGGCAACUCCUGGGCACGGCCCGGGAGCCCAACCCUUCGGUAACCGGUGCGCAGGUCAGCAAUGGAAGUAAUUCAGGGCAGAUGGAAGAGAUCAAUACCAAAGAGGUGGCGCAGCGUAUCACCACCGAGCUUAAGCGCUACAGCAUACCACAGGCCAUCUUUGCGCAGAGGGUGCUCUGUCGCUCCCAAGGGACCCUCUCGGACCUGCUGCGCAACCCCAAACCCUGGAGCAAACUCAAAUCCGGCCGGGAGACCUUCCGGAGGAUGUGGAAGUGGCUGCAGGAGCCGGAGUUCCAGCGCAUGUCUGCGCUCCGCUUAGCAGCAUGCAAAAGGAAAGAGCAAGAACACGGGAAAGAUAGAGGCAACACACCCAAAAAGCCCAGGUUGGUCUUCACAGAUGUCCAGCGUCGAACUCUACACGCGAUAUUCAAGGAAAAUAAGCGUCCAUCCAAAGAAUUGCAAAUCACCAUUUCCCAGCAGCUGGGGUUGGAGCUCAGCACCGUCAGCAACUUCUUCAUGAACGCGAGGAGGAGGAGUCUGGACAAGUGGCAGGACGAGGGCAGCUCCAAUUCGGGCAACUCAUCUUCUUCAUCAAGCACUUGUACCAAAGCAUGA